GCUUCAGUGAGAAUCAUCACGACAAAUUCACCUUGCAGGAGAAUGUUGACAUUAUCAAGGCCUGCACCUGUCGCACCAUUUCCAUCAGCGGGCUCCUGGUGGCCAUCGCAUUCUUCGCAGGUAUUCUAUUGCCUGAGAGAAACCUCCAAGGCACUUGCAUCGCCUUGGGCUUUGCCGUUUUGGCCUGUGUGGCCACGAAUGUUGUAUUUCUUCCAGCUGUUUUCCUGGCCUUCGGUCCUGUGUUCGUCGGCCGCUCCUUCCUGCCCAGCUGGUGGGGCGACGUGCAGCUGGACGAUGGCGCGGAGGAGGAGGACGAGCGCCAAAGACCGGGGCCAAAGAGCGCCGACAACACCAAUUGGUUGCUCAUCAUGCGUGUGGUGGAACGAGCGCCGCUCAGCGCCAUUCUGCUGGUGUUGCUCUUCGUUUGGCCCGUGCUCUCGGCCGCGCCCUCGCUCCACAUCACGGCAGACCGUUUUGCCAUGAUGCCGCUGUACUCACCGGCGGUGUUGGCCUUACGGAAGAUCCAGGAUGCCAAGCUGUCGACAGGGCUGGUGAACCCCUAUGAGAUCUUGGUGACAGCCCCGAAUCAGCCCAGAGAUGUGCUUCGCGCUGAGCUUUCAAAGGGCUUGGACUCCUUAGGCCUGGCGACUUCGCACCUGGGCCUUGGGAUGAGCGACUUGCAGAAGGCCCUGAGAGAAGGCCAAAACUCCUUGCUUCGCCGUCCAGAGGCACCGGAGGAUCUGUCGGGCUAUGAGGAGUUGUUGAAUGGCUUAGCAUGUGCCAACCGCACUGAGAGCAGUCCCCAUAAUCCACACUGCAACUGCUGUCCCAAUGCCUUCCUCGAGUGUGAAGAAUGUGAUCUUGCUGCGACCUGCGCAUCGCCUGAGAUGCAGGCCCUACUCGAGCUGGCCAAGGAAGGGAACCUGACAGUAGAUGACUCACAGCUGAGGAGCCUCAAAGUUUGCAUCGAGAGAGCGGCCGUGGCAGCUAAGAAGAACCGAACUCCUCCGAUCGCUUUGGACCAGCUCCUGUCGUCCUUGAGGAAGGUGAACCAAUCAGCAGUGCAGAAGGGUUUGCUGCAGCGCUAUCCCUUCCUGGUAGACAUCGUCAGCCAGGUGCAGAAUCUGAGUCGGAAGGAGCGUGGCAUGCUGCUGCUUCCCAGCGGCUUCCAUGCUCUGCUGGAGCUCUCAGACAAGCUCCAGGGCACUGGAGCUGUGGCUUCCAUCCUGGGACCGCAAUGGAUCUUGCAUCAGCGAUUGGAAUGGCCCCUGGUGGUGGCUUUAGCGGCAAAGCCGGAGUUGCGCCAUGGGUAUUCAGCCCUACUGGAGCAGUUCGUGAACGGGAAGCAGGCUCUUCUCCAGGUCCACACGCACUUUCCACCUAUAGGUGCUUUGUCUGCCGACUGGGCCGAAGAAGCGCGAGGCAUCCUCAGAGCUUGGGAGCACAAGCAUCCAGGUUAUAAGGUGCAACUGGCUGGUGGCAACGCAGAGGCAGCGGACACCCGAGCAGAGAUCAUGCGCGCCAUGUGGACCUACUUGGUCGUAAGCAUCUCCUUGAUCAUGAUUGUCCUCUACCUCUCGUUUCAAUCCUUGCUGGUGCCGCUCCGUCUCGCUUUGGCCAUGCUCUUCACCCUUGUGGCCACCUUCGGCAUGGGCGUGCUGGUCUACCAGACCACGCUGCUUCAUGGUUUCAUGCCUCAGUUAAAAUAUUUCAACGGCGUCACCUACGAGGACUGGAUGCUGGAGCCUGGUAAAAUCUAUGCUCAAGCGGGUGGAUAUCCCAAAGGUCAAGAAGACCAUGGAGUUUCUUCCAGGAGGUGA